UUUUCUUUUCUGGUUUAUGUUAUUUGUUUGGUUUUCAACGGUACUCUCUCAUUCUCAGAAACCCAUCAAGAUUAGACCCAGAAGUAAUUCCAAUAGGAACCCACAUAUUCUUUACUGGGUUUUCUUCAAUCUUUGACACUUGAAGCUCAUGCAGUCAUAUGAAAGCCACAUUACCGAUGUUGUAGUUGCUUAAGUUUUGGAAUUUCAAGGUGUAGAUGAUGUGAGUCAGUGCAGUGUCUGGUGGGUGGGUGGAUAGCAUUUUUUUUGCCUUAGAAUAACCGCAGCCUUGGCUUUAUUAGCAUUUAUUUUAUGUUUAAGGACCCAAAGGUGAAGUGCAUUAUCUAGUUUAGUCUUGGUUUCUGGGCAGUUAUUAAGUAUCACUUAGUUCAAGGAAUUUUAUAAGAUUUUGAAGAGUUAAGUUGAAGUAAGAGUAUGAUACCAAAAUCAAUGGUACUGAGAUGGCCAAAAGAAAAGGACUACUGUGACAGUGAGGGGAUAAAGAUGGAGCUCAAAGUUUUGGCUACAGACAGAAUUGAGAAGCAUGAGAAUUUCAUUAUAAGGCCUAGAAUCAAGGUGUGGAUGACUAGAGUCAUUACAAUUGUGGUACUUUGGACUAGUCUUCUUCAGCUGAUUGCACUAGGGGAAUUGUUGGGGCUAAGUUUGUUGAAGGGCAUGCCUCAUUGUUUCAGUACCCCGGCUGUAGAAAAGGAUUUGGCUCCAGCCAAGGUUUUGCUCCCACCCAAAAGAACUUAUAGGAAUAAUGGUUAUCUUCUGGUUUCAUGCAAUGGAGGACUCAACCAAAUGCGAGCAGCAAUAUGUGACAUGGUUGCUAUUGCCAGACACUUAAAUGUCACUCUCAUAGUUCCAGAGCUGGACAAGGCCUCUUUCUGGGCGGAUUCAAGUGACUUCAGAGAUAUAUUUGAUGUAGAUCAUUUCGUUACCUCCUUGAGAGAUGAGGUUCGGAUACUAAAGCACCUACCACCUAAGGUCAAGAUAAGAGUUGAAAAGGGACUAUCUUACUCGAUGCCACCCAUUAGCUGGUCUAAUAUCUCAUACUAUGAAAACCAGGUCCUGCCUCUGCUGCUGAAACACAAGGUCAUACACCUAAAUAGAACAGAUGCAAGACUUGCAAACAAUGGACUACCUGCUGAGAUUCAAAAGCUACGGUGCCGAGUAAAUUUCAAUGCCCUGAGGUUUACUUCUCAGAUAGAAGAACUUGGCAGAAGAAUAGUCAAGGUUUUGAGGGAAAAGGGACCUUUCGUUGCACUUCACCUUAGAUAUGAGAUGGACAUGUUGGCCUUCUCUGGUUGUGCUCAUGGUUGUGACAGCAAAGAGGAGGAGGAACUAAGAAUAAUGAGAUAUGCAUAUCCUGGUUGGAAGGAGAAAGUUAUCAAUUCUGAGCUUAAGAGGAAAGAUGGUCUAUGCCCUUUAACACCAGAAGAAACUUCCCUAGUAUUGACAGCACUUGGAAUAGAUCACAAUGUUCAAAUUUAUAUUGCUGCUGGAGAAAUAUAUGGUGGAGAGAAAAGGAUGGAAAGUUUACUAGGAGAUUUUCCUAAUUUGGUAAGGAAAGAAACUUUGCUGGAACCUUCAGAAUUGAUGUAUUUCCAAAACCACUCUUCACAAAUGGCUGCUGUGGAUUAUCUUGUUUCUCUAGAAAGUGACAUAUUUAUUCCAACAUACGACGGGAACAUGGCUAAAGUUGUGGAAGGCCAUCGCAGAUUUCUUGGAUUCAAGAAAACUGUACUACUGGAUAGAAGACUUCUGGUAGAGCUAAUAGACCAAUACUACAAUGGGUUGUUGAGUUGGGAUGAUUUUUCCACUGCUGUGAAAGAAGUUCAUGCCAAUCGUAUGGGAAGUCCUAGAACAAGAGUUAUCAUUCCUGACAAACCCAAAGAAGAAGACUACUUUUAUGCCAACCCUCAGGAAUGUUUGCAAUUGCUAGAUGAACCAUUGGAAAACACAUAAUCUUGGCUCUGAUUUAAUCACAGCCCAGAAGGCAAACUAACUAAUCUGUAAAUUGAAAUAGGCUCCAAAUGAACUAAAGGAACUGUGCCUCUGUCAAAUAAUAAAAAGAUUCUUGUCUUAGGGUUCUUGUAUAAAGAUAGAGGACUUUGUUUCCUUUGUAGCAUUUCCACAUAUAGGUUCUUUAUCACAUGAAUAAUGACAUAUUUACUUACCA